UGCACAACUUGCUCUCUAAUGGGGCUUUCCCUUCCACCAUGCAUGCCUCUCUCCCACAUUCCUCCACCCCCAACACAAGCGCAUGAGCUGAUGGGCUUGGCCUUGGUGUCAGCCAUAAAUGAUGUCUUUCCUUAUCUCUCUGCUGACAAACCAGCAUCCUUCAUCUGGUGUAUUUAAGGCCAGAGAGCGAUGAAAACCUCUGGCAAACAACCACCGAGAGCCAAGGAGAGACAGCAAAGCCAAAGGAUCCCUGACAACUCCUUAAAGACCAGCCUCAGGAUGCUGCCAGCGACUUUCAAACUCUGUGCCGGCAUCUCCUACAGACAUCUGCACAACAUGACAGGUUUGAAAAGGAGAGCCGCUGUCACAAUUGUGCAGGAGCUGAAUAAAUUUGCAUUUUCCCGGCCUGGCCCAGCUAAGUGGAUCAACCAGGUCCGCAGAAGGAGCUCUUUGCUGAGUUCUAGGCUGGAGGAGAACCCCUUCAGUGAAAUGGAGAUGUCCUACAUUAAGCAAGGAGAGGAGGCUCUUCAGAAGUCACUGAAUAUCCUUGAAGAACAAGAUGGCUGGAAAACAGAGACAGUCAUGAACAAUGGUGACAAAGUCCUAAGCAAAGUGCUCCCAGAUGUGGGAAAGGUAUUUCGGCUUGAGGUGGUAGUUAAUCAACCCUUGGAUUGCGUCUAUGGAGAGCUAGUGGAAAGGAUGGAGCAGAUGGGAGACUGGAACCCAAAUAUCAAGGAAAUCAAGAUUCUGCAGAAAAUCAGCAAAGAUACCGUGAUCACGCAUGAAACUGCAGCACCAACUCCUGGAAACAUAGUCGGCCCGCGAGACUUUGUGAGCGUCCGCUGUUCCAAGAGACGUGGUUCAACAUGUGUUCUCGCUGGCAUGUCCACUACCUAUGCAGCAAUGCCUGAGCAAAAAGGUGUAAUCAGAGGUGAAAAUGGUCCCACAUGUAUGGUUCUUCGGCCACUCACAGGAGAUCCCUCCCAGACCAAACUGACUUGGCUUCUCAGCAUUGAUUUGAAGGGAUGGCUGCCAAAGACAAUAAUCAACCAAGUUCUCUCCCAGACACAGGUGGAUUUUGCAAACCACCUCCGCAACCAUUUGACCAACUCUUCUGCCUCCGCACAGGCUGUGUCCUGUUGAAACAUGUCAACACAUCACCUCCUAUUCCUUCUGGAAGAUUUCCCAUUCAAAGACCACUCAUGCCAACAUCUUUCUUGGGCAGCUGAGGGGCAGCUCUAGAAAAAUGUUUACAGGGACAGUAAUAUUGGCUGAUAGGGAACAAGCUGCUUCUAGGCUUCUUGAUGAGAAGUGGGAUCUUGUAUCCUCCCAGACAAUAGAACAGUAGAUAUACUGGACCUAGUUGUUUGCUCCAUAGAUCCUAUCAUGGUAUCUCAUGAGAACAUGGCAUGGUGACUGCUUUCCUGGUAAUCCUGUGGGGUAGAGUAAUAGGUAGCAGUUGGUUUCAGGGCAGCCUGAGAGGUUCAAGGCUAAGUGGGGAUUUGAACCUAAGCCUCUGAAGUCUUAAUUCAAGCAGCACUCAAGUCACCGAUGCCUCUGCGUGAUGCACCAUCUUGUAUCUGGAAGACUCAAGAAUGAGAUGGUGAGAGACCAUAACUGGAUGCCACUUUGUAUGCAGAAGUUUCCAGGCUCACACCUUGGUGUCCCUAAUUCAGGUGGGAUCAGGUAACAAGCAUUGAAAAAGUCUCUUUAGCUGAGGUUCCAGGGAAUUCCUGAUAACAAUUGAAGGCUGGAUGGAACCUGAUAUGUUCCAGUAUUUGGCUUCAAAUGUUCCAAAUCACCACACCCCUGCCUCAGCCAACAAGCUAUUGAAAAGUUUUUGUGAUCAUAUUGGGUCACACACAAGCCACUGCCUUAAAAAUAAAAACAGCAACACGCUCCUCCAAAAUUCCUUCUUCCAGAUGGUACCCAUACAUCUCCUCACCACUAUUGCCACUGUCCUUUUACUUCUGCCUCUCAGCAGCCCUAACCUCUACACAAGGUAUUGCAUGCUUACUGCUUUCCCCCUUGUUCCUCUUUCUGCUUGUUCACUUGCGGAAAACAGUAAGUGGAUCAGCAAGAGAGAAACACCAAAGAUUAAGAGCACUUCCCAAACUGCAGCAUAACAGUUCUAUUGUCUUAAUUGGAUCAAGUGGUCAAUUUUAUAUGGAGUUGUCUUUGGGGCCGGGGAAACUGUGACCUUCCAAAUAUUGUGGAACUCCAAUUCCCAUCAACCCUUGCCAAUUGGACUAAUGGUGAGCCAUGACAGGAAUGAUAGCUCAUCCAAAUUUGGAGGGCUGAAUCAUCCCCACCCCUAGUUUGCAAGGAAGAAUUCUUACGCUACUUUCCUGCAUAUCUGAACAAAACUUGGGCCCAUUUACACUACACAGUUAUAGCACUAUGAUUCUGCUUCAACUUCUAUGGCAUCAUCCCAUGGAAUCCUGUGAUUUGCAGUUUAGGGAGGAACAAUAAAACCUCUCAGCCAGUGUGCUAAUGCCCCACCAAAGUACAAAUAGCAGGAUUCCACAGGAUGUUGGCAUGGCUUCACUUAAAAUGAAGUCUAGUAAUAGAUUUGCAGUGUCAGUGGGUCCUCUGUUAGUCAUUCAUGGUCAUUCUGGCAGUACAUUAUCUGAUCACCUCUUGUCACUUAAGUCACAAAGGAACAGUGAUGCUUUGACAAAUUUUACAGAGGAAAAUAUGGUCAUUCAUGGAGCCAUAACACCCCUUUAGAAAAAAAAAUUCUUGGACCUGCACAUGAACUGACAGGAUAUAUUUAAUGUCAACUAAAGUCUGUUUCUCAAGAGCCAACAACUAUCAGUUCAAAAUUCAACCAGGUUAAAGUAAACUCUGUACACUUACCUUGAGAAUAUGAUCCCUCAUCCUGAGAGUCAGUUGUGUAGUUGGCUUCUUAUCCAAGCUCUCACUUGGUAUUAACUUCAGUUAGUAUUUCAAGCUACCUGAAUCCUUACAUGUAUGCCACUACUUGUAGUCUUCUAUAGAAAUUAAUGUAUAUGUAUUUAUUUCCCCCCCUGUGUUUGCAGCAUUAUUUAAUAUUUAUUCUAGCCAGGUAUCUCAAAAGUCAAAACGCUUGUUUUGCAUACUUGGUUAGCUUCCAUUCAAAAAUUGCAGAUCAUGCGAUGUCAUGACACCGUGAUUUAUUUCAAGUUAUGUGACAAAGAAUGUCUGUAUUUUUUACAAUCUGAGCAAGUUAAGAGGUGUAUUUGCAAUUGACAGGUGCAGAAAGCAUGAUCUAAGUUGAACAAAGAUGUCACUCUGCAAUUCCAACUUUUGUCAAUCUACACUUCUGAAAAUAAAAAUUUAAAAACCCGUGUGAUUUAA